UCCAGCAAGCGGAACCCGAAAGCCUGACAAUAGGUGUGAUGGGUGACCCUACACCUGCCCUGCCGCGCCGAACCGCUGCCAGGAGUUGGCCGGCGUCACUCGACCCUCCGAGGGUUUAGAGAGAGGCGGCGCCGCAGCGUCUCCCUCACGUGACCGGGCUCGGCGGAAAAGAGCGCGUCACGCUCCGCCCUGAGCUCGGGUCGGUCAAGGUCUGCGCCUGCGCCGGCUUGGUGGCUCGCGGGCUCGCGAGCUCGCCAGCCUGCAGGCGGGUCGCUACCGGGCGUGGAGCCGGGCGCCCGGGGCGAUGGGUGAGUACAGGAAGCGGCCGAGAGGAAAGCACGGGGCUCCCCCGGCCUCCGCGUGGAGUGAGUGGAAGCACGAAAGAGGGUCUGAGAAGGCCGCCUGCACGGCCCUCUGGCGCGGCCGUUGAGGACUCACCCCCCGCCCCGCCGCGCGCGCGCGCAGUGCGCCCCCCCGGGGCGCCCCGCCGUUCCCGCGCGCGCCAUCCCGGGUGGGACCUGCAGCCUCAGGGCCCAGCUCUUGCCUCCCAGCUUUGCCGCCCGCUGCCGGGCUUCGCUGGGCCGGGAGCGCCGUCCGACUGCCGGAACGAGCCUUUCCGGCGGAGGAGGCAGUGCGUUCAUUUGGGCGCGCCCCAGGAAGGAAGGUGCCUCCCGGCGCGCAUCGAGAGCGGGGCGGGGAGGGGCCGGGCUUUGCCUGCGGCCCGGGAGAGCGGCGUUGGGACCGCGGAAGGGAGCCUGCCCCCUCGGGGUCUGGGAUUCCGGGACCCCUGGCUCCGUUAAAUGUCCGGGACGGAAGGGGCCUGGUCGACCCCGUCCGCCACCCUCCCCUCCCCCUUACCACAGACCGGGGAAAUGGACGCCUGGAGAGCGGAAAUCCAGUUAUCAAAGUUGACUCCAGAAGAGAGAACCUAACAGACCUAACAAUGGAAGAAAUUGAGAAGGUUAUCAAAAAGCUACCAUCCCCCAAAACACCAGUCCCAGAUGGUGUUUCAGGUUAAAAAAAUCCUUCCUGAAGAAGAUCUUAAGCAACACGAUGGAUUCAGAAGCUCAUGAAAAGAGGCCACCAAUCCUAACAUCUUCAAAGCAAGAUAUAGCACCUCAUAUUGCAAAUGUUAGUGAAAUGAGGCAUUACUUGUGUGGCUGCUGUGCGGCUUUCAACAAUAUAGCCAUCACAUUUCCCAUUCAGAAGGUCCUCUUUCGGCAACAGCUGUAUGGAAUCAAAACCCGGGAUGCAGUACUUCAGUUGAGGAGGGAUGGAUUUCGAAACUUGUAUCGCGGAAUCCUUCCCCCUUUAAUGCAGAAGACGACUACACUGGCACUUAUGUUUGGUCUCUAUGAGGAUUUAUCUUGCCUUCUCCGUAAGCAUAUCAGUACCCCAGAGUUUGCAACCCGUAGCCUGGCCGCAGUACUUGCAGGAACGACAGAAGCAAUUUUCACUCCACUGGAAAGAGUUCAAACAUUGCUUCAAGACCACAAGCAUCAUGACAAAUUUACAAACACUUAUCAGGCUUUCAAAGCAUUGAAAUGCCAUGGAAUUAGAGAGUAUUAUCGAGGCUUGGUGCCUGUUCUUUUCCGUAACGGAUUCAGCAAUGUCCUUUUUUUUGGCCUUCGAGGUCCCAUCAAGGAGCACCUGCCCACGGCAACAACCCACAGUGCUCAUUUGGUCAAUGAUUUUAUCUGCGGGGGCCUGUUGGGUGCCAUGUUGGGAAUCUUGUUUUUUCCAGUUAAUGUUGUAAAAACUCGCAUGCAAUCUCAGAUUGGUGGGGAAUUUCAGUCUUUCCCUAAGGUUUUCCAAAAAAUCUGGCUAGAACGGGACAGGAAGCUGACAAAUCUUUUCAGAGGUGCCCAUCUGAAUUACCAUCGGUCCCUCAUCUCUUGGGGCAUAAUUAAUGCAACUUACGAGUUCUUGUUAAAGAUUAUAUGAAAGAAAUCAGUUAAGUGCCAUUAAUCAACUGAAUAGACCUAAGAAGAAUGCAGUUUGGCCUUGUUUCUAAUUGGCCAAAUACAAGUUGGUGUUAUAAGUCCAGGGCACAAUGAAUUACGGGCAAAGCUGUUUUUCUUAAGCACCAACAAAUGCAGAAUAAAAGGUUUCAGUAGGAAAAUUUAAGGUUUUUGGGAGUUUUUUUUGGGGAGGGUGUUCUGUUUGUAUUUUUUUAGUCAUUAUCUGAGAACUUUAGGCUAAUUGCCUGGUUAAUAGCUGUCUAUCUGAUGGCUUUUGACAAGGAAACUACCAGCCAAGAUACAUGAUUCUUUUUUCCAAAAGUCUUCUGUAUUGAAGCAUAAGUGGCCAUGACCAGCCAGAGAAAAGGCUCUUAGGGUCCCAUGAUUUCUCAGGCUUACUUCUAUUACUCCAUUUCUUCUCUGCUUUUAGAAGGAGUUACAAAGGGUAGUUUUUGUUAACUUAAACAUACACAUGGUAGGACAAAGGAGCAGAAGAGAGAAGAAAAGCAGCUUAUUAUGUGUAGGAUUUUCAUGAUAAAUUGUAUUCGUUUUGAAACUAAGCACCUGUUGGGAUGGUCAUUAUCCAAAUUAAUUCUCUUUAGAUGUGGUAGACUAAAGCAACUAAUGACAUCUCCCAUUUUGCUUUCUAGGGUAGAAAGUUUUCUCUGUAUUUCUCAAUAUGACCUUAAACCUUCCCAAAAUAUUUUUAUAUUAAUUUCACUAUUUCGUUGUCAAAAAAUGUGGAGACUUAAAUUUUGUUAAAGGUGUUUCAUCCCAUUAAGAAGGUUCAUAUUACAGGUAUCCCCCGCUUCUCCAGAGUUUCCUUUAUGCCACUUUGCUUUUACAAAAGACCUAUAUUAGUACCUGUUUUCACUAACCAAAAGAAAUACGAAGAUGAUUUUUGCUUUUACAAGAAAAGGUGAUUGCUUCCUCACUCUAUGCCAUUUCGGCUUACAAAAAGUUCCACAGGAAUUCGGGGGAAACCUGUAAUUGCAUUACAGAUCCAAUUCUGUUUAGCUCAGCUUCUUUGAAUUGUUCUUGCCAACUUAGUGAAGAGCUUUGGAGUUUUGGUAUUUUUUCCUUUGAGUAGUAGUUUGUCAUAGUCAAGUAUCCUGUUCUCUUGAAACUCCCUUUAAAAAAACAACAUAAUGCUUCCAUAAAAUUUUAUUUUGGAAGUCUAUUAAUAGGACCUUAGAUUUUUUUUCUGGUUUCUAAGUGUUCUGGGGAAGGGGAAAAAAACUCAGGAUAGCUUUCACCCCACAGUGUUAAGCUGUCUUUUUUAUUUUACUCUUGGAAAUAGAGACUUCUGUUAAUGAUCUUUACGUUUUGGGAACCCAGUUUUACCAUUUUAUCAUUUAAACAGUAAGACAGUUUGAGAGGAUAAAACCUAAAUAAAGAUAUUUGAAGGGUUAGUUUUAAAUUCUAGAAGUUGGUGAUUGGUGGAUAGUAUACUUAUCCCUCACCUAACAGACAAAAACUUACUUGUCAAAGGAAUCAGAUUUUAAACUACUUUUUCCCAGAUAAAUAAGGCAAAGUGACUCAUACACCAGUUGAAUAACUAACACAACAUACGAGACAUCCUAGAAAAGUGGUUUAUCAAUCUUUUAAAAAUCCACAUCUGUAAGUAUGUAGUUAAGAUUACCUUCCAGCAUCUGACAUGGAGCAGAGCACGUGGGUUUUAUUACCAGUCUUUCAUCAUUCUGGGUAAUUGCAUGUGAAUAUGUGCACAUGCUGACCAAAAUAAAGUCAGGGUCUCAAUGGUAGUUUACUCAGUUUCUGGACAGAUAGUCCAAAAAAGAUGUUUACCUCUCAGUGCAGGGUGGCUGGUCAAAUGACAGGAACGUCCUCCUUCCAGCUGUGAAGGAUUAGGAGGCGUUGUCGAGCAUUUGCCAGGCAGUCAUGAAGCUCACUAGCUUUACAAAGGCUCUGUUUGACAGCGUUGUGCUGGAAAUGGCAGUUAAUUCUGGAAACCAAGAUGCAGAUGUAAGGAUUUGAGAAAACGAGAAUUUGACACGAAAUAAAUGAGAGUAGCAUCCUUUGGCCUAUGGAAUAGAGUCAGGAUUUCAAGUGGGUUGAGUUUCAGGAAUGAGUGGCAAAGGCACUGUGGUGCCUGACCCCCUCGCUCACGUGUGUGUCCAGCACUUCUGGGCAUAUCUGAGUGCUCAGCAUGUGGCUGGUGAGUUAGCCUGGGGUCACACGCUGACCCUGGGAGUAGACUCCACUGGCCUUCAGUUCCACGGGGCUUCCUUUUGCCUAUACACUCCAUGUAGGUGAUAGACAUCUAAAUUCUAAAGCACUUUUGUGAAAUACAAGUGAAGUGAGAAUUUGAAGGAGGAUGCUUCCUUUUCUGCUAUCUCAAACGUGGCAUUUACAAACAAAUAUUUUUUAAUGGUUUUAACUCAUAUUUUUUGAUUUCUUUGUCACUUUUUACAGCUUUUGAAGACCAAACUGCAAAUACGUUACCAGGGUUGGUUUUAUGUUGUCCUAUAUUUUCUUAAAUUUGACAAAAAACUCAACAGAACUUGUGGUAGCCAACAGCUUUGUCUGAAAUUUAAAAGAAGUCAAAAUGUGUUAUUAGUAAGGAAGAGAUUCUAACUAUUGUUUUUGCCUUCAGCUUGAACUAGUAUGGUAAUAAUUUUGAAAAGGCAAACAUGAGUGAAUAACUUUUAUCUGCAAAGCUUUAAAAGUGGCCUUUCUGUUACAUAUGUGGCACAGACAGCUCAUGAGCACAGGGCACUUCUGGUCUUGCCUCCUAUACUUCAUUCUGAUGCCACCAGAAAUAUGUUAUGGAUUCUAUACUUAACACCCUUAGAGUGGUAUGAGCCCUCAGGACUGUACUACAGAGUAAACACAACCUCUAUAUGGUGGCAAAUGUAUGUGUCUUUGUUUCAUUUAUGGUUGGAGACAAAGUUGAUACUUUUGUCUCAAUAGUCAAUAUUCAUCUUACUUUAUGGUUGGUUAUAUAAUCACCUGCUAUAUAUUACGAACUGUGCAAUGAGACAGAAUUGUGCAUAUAUAAUCAUCUUUGGAGACCUGAAAUUCCCUGGCUUGAUUACAGUGGUGAUACUCAGUUAUAAGGCUGUACAAACCUUAAUAAGAGGAUAAUGGGUGGUACUGGAGGGCUUCAUGGUAAGCCAAUCAUGUUGACCAACACUGUUCAGUGUAGAUGAAGUACUGUCAUGUGAGGGGCAUGCAGUCAAGAUGGAAGCGAGGUGGGAGAUCACAUUUAAAGAAAGGGUAAGCACUCAGACUUGGUUUCUUUUAAAAUAGUCUUUGUUUUCUCACGUGCUUAUAAAUGUGUAUCAAAGACUUGAAUAGGCAUUCCCCUUAAAUCUGAGGAUUUUUAGUUUUUAAUGCUGUCUUUUUGCCUAAUAGUGAAUAUUUGCUUGCCUAAAUGGCUCCCAAAUUGUGGAGGAGUCUACAUGUUUCCUUUUUUAAAGUUUCAUUAUUAAAAGUGGUUGUUUUUGUUUGAUAUUUUGAGUUUUGUGACUAUAUGAGUUUAAAUGAAAUCUGUUAAAUGUUUCAGAGUUAACGUGUUUCUUUUGGUAUUUCUGAUUGGAAUAAAUUUUUUUUAAGUCCAUUUUUCUGGUCUUCCCUUGUGGUUGGGUUAGGGUUAGUAGCACUUUCCUUUUUGUGGUAGAUUAGUCUAUUAGUCUUUUUGUUGGUAAAACAUUCAGCACACUACUUUGACUAUUAGUGACUUCACCUGAUAACUUUGUAGGUAGAACAGUUCUUCAUUUAUCCAUUUUGUUUGGUCAAGAGGAGUUCCAGAUAAGUGAAUUUUCUAGAUAGGUUAACUACAAAGCAUUUUGCUUUUUAAAGGUUGUUCUCAAAUGAAAUAAACUUUUCCCUACUGAGUAUAAACUGUUUUGGUAAAUUCAGUAUAUCAAUACUUUCUGUUGUAAUUAUGUACCUUCAGGUUAUGCUUACCCCCAAGCUAAAUGAUCUGGAUGUUUGUGCAUUUUGAGUUUUUUAUAUCUGCUUUUGAUUUCAUACUGCUUGUUUCUGUUAGGAGACUGAAAUCAUAUUAGCUACACUGUUGGUUUACACAUUAAAUUCUCAGGUGCUUCCUGACUCUAGGGAUAGUUGAGGCUGCCUGAUGAGGACCACCAAGUAAGGGAGCAGUUGCCAUAUAAUGCUUCUAAAACACUCCUGUUUUAGAAAUUUUUUUAGAAAUUCAGUAUAAAAGUGAAUAUCCUGAACUCUAGAAUUCAUAAAAGGGGUUUGACACAUCAUCUGAUGAAAUGUCAUUGUAACCCGUCGGCAGAGGGGAGUAGAGAGCAUUUCUCAUGGUGUGACGGGGGAGGGGCCGGAGGGAGGUCUGCUAGCUGCAGUGCCUCCCAGUCUCCAAAGGCUGGUCCCAGCUUAAUCCCUUCAGCGUCUAGUUUCCAGUAGGGAACUUUUUCUCCAGAUGAGUAUAUGUGAUUUUGAAGUAGAAAUUGAGGAUAAAAUAGGAUUUAUCAAAAUUCUCAUCUGCCUUCAAUCCAUUCUUCAUAUUCCUGUCAUUUCUCUAGAUGAAACGAUCCAGGCCCUGUCUCCCUUGUUGUCAUCUCCAGCUAAAACUGCCCUGCCCAGCCACUGCCGUGGGGACUUCUGUACUCUCUAGCCUCCCAGCCUUACCCAUGUGGAGUCCCGCUGCACUGAACCCUGCACUCUCCCCUGGUUCACGCAGUAACUCUUACUGAGGCCUUCAUGUCUCAUCUCAAAUGUCACUUCCUCGGGGAAGCCAGCUCACACUUUAAGGACCAAGUCAGGUUCCCCUCUUACGUAUUCUUGUGCUGCCACAUUCCUGUGCUGUUUUCAUAGCACUUACCUGUUUUAAUUAUAUUGUCAUCAUUUGAUGCCUUUGGCCCUUUUGAAUGUCAGCUCCAUAAGGCAGGGACUCUGCUCUAGUUUCCACAGUUUCAAGUUCCUGGCACAGUGCCUGACACCUUGUAGAUGUCUGACAAAUGUUUCUUUAAGAAUCAAGAGUGAAGGGACGCGCGAGUAUUUAGGAUCACAGCAUUCUGGAAUAUCCUGUCUGACUUUAGUUCCUUGAUGGGUCAUGGAAGUUGUUUCAGAAACAAAUUUUAACACUGCUUGGGCUGCCGUAAUGAAAUACCAUAGACUAAAUAUUUAGGCUUAAACAACAAGAUAUUUCUCAGUUCCAGACACUGGGAAGUCCAAGAUCAAGGUGCUGGCAGAUUUGGUUCCUGGUGAGAGACCUCUUGGUGUACAGACUUCUGUGUCUUCACAUGGCAGAGAGAGAACCUCUUGACCUCAUCUAAACCUAAUCACUUCCACAGGCUGCACUCCGGAUACCAUCACACUGCGGGUCAGGGCUGCAACCUGCAAGCUCGGGGUCGUGGGGGACACAAGCAUUCAGCCCAUAACAUACAUGAGCUAAAUGAUGAGGCUCUUCUUUGCUCUCCUCUUUCAUGUGUAACACUUCGCUAUCUUUUUUUUUUUAAUUUUUAUUUUAUAUGGGAGUAGAGUUGAUUUACAAUGUUGUGUUAGUUUCAGGUGUACAGCAAAGUGAUUCAGUUAUACAUUCACCUAUCCUUUACUCUCAGAAAUAUCCAGCCAAUCUGAGACAAGUCUCUGUACGAGUCAGGACUCCAAUGUACAGGCUCCAAUUUUCUUAUUCUUGCACUGUUUGUGAAUUGUGGAUCUCAGCUGAGUGAAGCUGACCAAGAAGGACAAGAAGAAAGUAUUCCUUAAAAUAAUUAGCGUGUCAUUGCUGCUUUGUUACUGUAGAAGUGCCAUGAAGGCAGUGGCUUGUUUUGUUUAGAGGAGACCACCUCAGUAGUUGCUUUACCUUUCACCAUCAUCAUUCAGUUCAGGAACCAGUCAUUAGUCAGCAGUGGCUUGCUCCUUACAGAGUACACCAAAAAGGGGGAAUGCAUUUAGUUACAUUGAGAUGCUAUAUACCUUUUUGUUUCAGAUGAUAACAGGGAAAAGAAACUAAUUUCUUUCAAGGGUCAUCAUAUCUAUAGUAAUAAGAGGCACCUGGUAUAUAGCUUUCUCCUUUCCUGUUGGUAAAAAGGAAGCCUCCAAACUUUCCUUACCCCUCUCAUACUUUGCUGAAAAAGAGUGAUUAAACAAAUUUCGAGGUUUUCUUGGGCUCCCCACUUCUCACUCCCCACUGAAAAAGAGCCAUAGAGUUUUCAAGACAGAUAAUAGGGAAAAGUGGGUAUGCAAGGGAUCCAGGUACUUUUCAUUUGUAAUUUGUGUGUAAAAUAUGAAGGUAACGAGUGAAAAGGAGUUAGGAGGUGAGGGCCUAAACUUGGAGAUACAAUGGGUGUGAUAAGCCUUGAGAAAGCUAAGGCAAAGUCCAAGAAGAUUUAAAGCUUUGCUGUUGCUGUUUGGAGCCCUUCAAAAAUUCUGCCACUUGUGGUCCAGGAACAGAAAAGCAUGGUGUUUUUAUGUUUGGAAGCAAUGCUAAAUACAUUUGAAUGUAUAUCAACUCAAACUAGAGAAGAAAACAUCCCUAAUUUCAAUUUGUACCUUUUAUAGUUUCUUUAUUUUGUUUAGCAGAUUUGCCUUACAUCUGCUCAGUACUGUAAAGCUGCCCUUUUAAGGACAAAUCAUUUCGAGUUAUAAGAUUCUAGGCUUGUGGACUACACAGAGCAUUGGCUGCCUGUGACAAGUUCCUAGGUAAAACCUUAAAUUUCCCUGAUUCCCUACUGGCUCCCAGGCUGGAUUAGGUCUCCUGUGGCACGUGAUGACUGUCUCAACCCCAGCUCUCUGGCCAAGAUGUUUGUGCUGUAUCCCUCAAGACAGUGUGAAUGCCUUGAGGGCAGGGGCUGUCUUUCUGAUCUUUGUAUCCACGGACUAGAGGUUCUCAUAAUACCUAUUCAAUGAAUGAAUCAUACUCUGAUCCCAGGUGUUAUCUUUAUCACUAUUAUUUUCCCUGUUUCAGAGACACUGAAUUUUUUAGGAAUUUGUCUUUUAAAAAUCAUCAUGGAGAAUACAUAAUGUCUGAUUCCAUUUAUGUGAAGUUCUAGAAGAGGCAAAUAUGGUGGAAAAAAAACCCCCAGUGGUUAACUCUGGGAAGGGGCAUGAAGGAACUUUCUGCCUCUGGGGUAACGGUAGUGAUCUAUAUCUUGAUAGGGGUUUGGGUUACACAAGUGUAUACAUUGGCCUAAGCUUAUUUAGCAAACAUACUGUUAGUAUUUGUGCGCUUCAUUGUAUGGAAAUUUUACAACAGAAAAAUAUUGAACUUUAGUUAAUGAUAUGUAUUGCUGAGGAGUUUUAAAAGGAUGGGUACAGAUAUCUGCAAUUAUUCAUCAAAAUACAUCAAAAAUUAAGAUGGAUUGAUGGAUGGAUAGAAUAUUGGAUAACUGAUUAAAACAAGCUUAGUAAAGUGGUGACAGUAGAAUCUUGUAAAUUCUUCAUCUUUGCUGUAUGUUUGAACAUCUCAUAAUAAAAUGUUAA